AUGCUGCGCAGAUACGAGGGCGACAAAGAUUACAACAAGCGUCCUUGCUACGAUCCACAAGAACUUGCGCGUAAAAUGCAAGCCGCCACAGAGGAACAAGUGCUGAAGUUGAAGAGAGUAUGCCUGGAUGUCCCAGAACCCGUGAUCUAUAUUGAACCAUUCGGCUAUGAUCGACCACUCGGCGUCAUGCGAUCACACAAUAACACCAGCCUGGACGCCCCGGACCCUCAAACAAAACCCUUGAUGUCGAUAGCGCAAGAGUUCUUGGACAGCAACAACAAGGUCUUGUUGCUCAUGGGCGAUCCAGGUUCCGGCAAGACUGUCUUUGCCAAGCAGCUGGAGCGCGAACUGUGGGGGAAAUACAAUGGCCCCAACGACGCCAUCCCUAUCCUCGUCAAUCUACCAGAGUUCACCAACACAGCCAACGAUUUUCUCCGGCAAGUGCUUAAGUCCAGAGGCUUUCACCCUAAUCACAUCCAGUUCCUGAGGCGCCGUGAUCGCCGGUUCAUCCUGAUUUGCGACGGAUACGACGAGGCGCAAGUACAGGGAAACAUAUACAACCAAAACAAAUUCAACAGUGACGGACAAUGGAAAGUCAAACUGAUCAUCGCCUGCAGGAGCGACAAAAUCGGACGCUCAGACGGACGAUUUCAACCCGAGGCGAACGACCGGUACAGCGGCCAGAAACUCGACGAAUUUCAGAAGGUUGCUACAGCUUCGUUCACGUUUCGACAGAUCAAUGAGUACAUCGAGGAAUACGUGGCCAAGCAUCUUCAAGUGGCGGUUCGAGAGUCCUCCGGACGUGGUCAGGAAUUAACACAGCAUUUUUCAUCGGAGGUCCAGCCUUCCUCUCAGACCAGUCGUGUUUGGACUGUCCCCCAGUACAAGGAGACGUUGAACGAUAUCCCCAACUUGAUGGAGCUGGUCAAGAACCCAUACAUCCUCUCCUUCAUUCUGAAACUGCUGCCGGUUAUCGCAGGAUCGCCUCAUGAUGUUUCACGGUCUAGGGUCUCAUUCGACGAGCUCUACAAGUACCUUUUCGGUCACUGGAUGAAAGUCGGCAGGCUACGAUUAUACGGGAAAACGGGGAACUCCGUUGAGCAGCAGGCACUCAGCAUGUUGAUGGAGGACGGUUUCGAGCAGCGCUGUAUGGAGUACUUGAAGGAUUUGGCGGUGAAUAUCUUUGAGAGACAAGGAGGUGACCCGGUUGUUGAGUACGUGCACCUACGCCACAGGAACACGCCGACGAGUGGAUGGAAAACCAGGUUUUUCGGUCCGGACCCAGAGUCGAGACUGUUGCAGGAAUCGGUUCCCUUGAUCAAGUCCGGAAACUUUUACCGCUUCGUCCAUCCUUCUCUAUUGCAGUAUCUCUACUCGUUGGCUGUAUUUGAUUCUAACGGUUCUAGAGAUGAUGGUGACUCUGGUGAUGACGACCCUCGCACUGGCGGGUGGAGCUCAGGCGAUUUCGAUUCAGACAACUCGAGAGGUGGCGGAAGAGGUCUUAUUUCAAGAUCGAAUACCUGGUCGCUGUUGGAAGGAGGAACAGCCUCACGACAAGGGAGAGCAUCGCAACACGCACCAGCGGUCGAGAAGGAGAAGGUUUUGGAGAAAGGGCGAGCUCUGGAGGAAGGUCACAAGCUGGGCCUCACCAACAUUGCGAAGCGCUCAAUUACUGUUCAAUUUCUUGCCGACCGAGUUCAGAACCACCAAUCCUUCAAGGAGCAGUUGGUGGAGACGGUGCGGGAAUCCAGGAACAACAAAGGCAUCGAUCAUACGUUGGCAGCAAACGCGAUGACAAUCUUGGUUCGCUCCGGCAUGCGGUUCAACAGCGCCGAUCUGCGCGGUAUCAGUAUCAAGGGCGCCAAUCUGACAGGUGGAGAGUUCGACUCGGCCGACUUGCGGGAUGCGGACCUGACUAACGUCAUCUUCGACAAAUGUUGGCUGCGCCAGGCAGAAUUUCAAGGAGCCAAGUUGGGAGGAGCGCAGUUCGGAGAGAAGCCUUUGGACUUGCAGAACGUGCCGAAUACCGCUGCCUAUUCCGUCGACGGUGCCUUAUAUGCAGUCGCAUUCACGAACGGGUCCAUCACCAUCUUUGACGCCACCAACUGGAACUCCAUCCAUACGCGCCAGAUUUCCAAGAGGAGUGUCACGGCCCUGGCGUUUUCACCGUUGGGUGGACUGUUGGCCUAUGGUAACAGGACUGGGAUGCUCGGGACAUGGAAUUACAGCAGCGAAACUUUGAUAGUGUUCUCCGGCAAACAUGAUGACUACAUCAACAGUCUCGCGUAUUCUCCCAACGGAAGCCAAAUUGCCACAGCUGGUGAUGACGGAAAAGUUGCGGUGUGGGAUGCGGUCACGGGCGGAUGUGUGAAGGUCAUGGUCGCACACAAUGAACGAGCUUCGAGUGUCGCUUUCUCACCUGACGGCAAGUUGCUUGUUUCUGGCGGUUCCGACGGCAUCAUUCAGCUUUGGGACGUACAUACAGGCGACAAGGUUUAUACCCAAGAAGGACAUGACGAGGCCAUAUCCAGUAUUCUGUUCUCCCCUGACGGACACCACAUUGCAUCCUCGAGCUCCGACAAUACCAUACGAAUCUGGUCCGUAUCGACAAGGCCAUGGAGCCUGGAGGCGAUCUGUCGUGGACAUAGGGAGCGUAUUACCAGCAUUGCUUAUUCGACCGAUGGACAACAUCUCGCUUCCUGCAGCGAAGACCGCACCAUUCGAACUUGGGACCCUCGCACUGGUAGCUCAGGACAUAUCUUCCGAGGACACACCGACCAAGUCGUUAGUGUCGCUUACUCUCAGUGCGGAUCACAACUCGCCUCUUGCGGCAGAGACAUGGCCCUUCGUGUUUGGGACUGUCGAGCCGCCGUCAAAGGAGCCGUUCUAUUUGGGCGCACCAACAGCCUGCCGAGCGGAAUGUAUCCCUAUUCGACCAUUAAGCGACAUAACAACGACAGCGACAAACUCAUACAGCCAACCCGCCCACGUCCUGCACGCACUUUCGGCUCAGAAUCGUUCGGCACGAGAGGCGCGACUUGCAUUGCGGUCUCUUCUGACGCCGUUCUGGCUGCCUCGGCGUCGAUGAAUGGCGGCACCUUUACUAUCAAUGUCUCGCUCGGAACUACCUCAGAGUAUCUGUAUGCUUUGAAUGGCCACGCGAAGAAGAUCUCCAGUAUCACCUUUUCUCCCGACAGCCAAACUAUUGCAUCUGGGGACUCCAAUGGGAUCCUGCGCCUCUGGAACGCUGAAUCCGGCGACGAUAUCUGGAACCGGAAAGAACACGACGGCAAGGUUAUGAGCAUCGCCUACUCUUCGAAUGGGGAACAAAUCGUCACCAGCGGCGCGGAUAGCACUGUUCGACUUUGGAAAGCAUCGACAGGAGACAUUGUCCACAGCUUUGACGCCGAAGGUUGCGAGAUUCAGUGUGUCGCUUUCUCGCCAAGUGGCAGUUGGAUUGCGUCUGGAGGCGAGGAUGGAGUGGUGAGCCUAUGGGACCCCGUCAACCUCAUUCCUGGACAGGUUUUCGAUGGUGGCCACAACUGCAGUAUCAACAGCAUCGUUUUUUCACCGGACGGCAUUCACAUCGCCUCAGGAGGAGAUGACAAUAAGGUCAGGAUCUGGAACAUCAAUACAAGAACGGAAGUGCAUGUCUUAGAGGAGCACACGGAUCCAGUAAGGUGUCUUGCCUUCUCUCCAUCAGGAGAGCGCAUCGUGUCUGGCAGUGAAGAUUGCACCAUGAGAAUUUGGAAUGUCGCGGCUGGAGUUCUCGAAUCGACUUCGGAACAUAAGCAUGGAGUCGCGACAGUUUCAUUUUCCUCGGACGGCGCAAAGCUUUGGACGGGAACAGACGACUACAAGGUUCACCGCUGGACCUUGGAUUUCACUGGUCAGGAGACAGCCUUAACAUCUACGUCUGCGUUUUCGAAGGAUGGGCAGCACGUCGCUUCGACUCUUGGUGGAAACGCGGUUCGACUCUGGGAUACCGAUUCAGGAAAACCACUACGUAUUCUGCUUGGCCACUCUGAGACCAUUGAGUCCAUUUCGUUCUCCCCCGUCGACGACUUCAUCGCGACCGGCAGCAGCGAUAGCACGGUUCGGAUCUGGGACACAACGACAGGAAAGUGCCCUUUUCUGCUAGAGGGUCACAGCGGCAUUGUCACCAGUGUGGUGUUCUCUCCUGACGGCACACAGGUCGCGACAUCUGGCAUGGACCAAACGUUGCGCUGGUGGGACUUGUCGUCCCCUAGGUCCGAAUCUCUUUCGAGGGAAGGUGAUGGAGCCUUGAUCUCGCAGUUGGAGGCGCGCGCAUCGGCUCCUAUUGCGGUAUUGGAAACGGACAGGACAGGAACUUCGAUGGAUGGAACACACCGAGCGAUCGAUGGAAUGUAUGUCCAUGACGAUUCAGGACUUUUCCAUGCUCCAGUGUAUUCCCCGGAUGGGAACGAGAUCUCGGUCAUCAGCGGAGAACACGGGAUCUUGCGGUUCGACACUCAGUCCAAAGCCUCUCGCCGAGCGUUGGUUGGUCACACGGCUACGGCCACUUGCAUCGCCUACUCACCAUCUGGCGAUAUGAUCGCGACCAGCAGCGAGGAUGGGACAGCGCGCAUAUGGGACCCAGAGACAGGCAACGAGCUCGUCAACUUCGUGGGACACGAGAGCAGUGUCACCAGUGUCGCUUUUUCACCUCUCGGCCAUCGACUCGCCACCAGUAGUGCUGACAAGAGCAUUCGGCUCUGGAACGUCGCAGCCAACACACCAGAUCAGCAAGCGGUCGGUCAGAUUUUGUUAAGUCACACAGCCCCGGUCCUCUGUAUUGCCUAUUCGCCUGAUGGGAGGUUCCUCGCCUCUGGCAGCGAAGACCGGACGAUGCGGUUAUGGGAUGCUCUCACUGGAGAUCGUUUGGUGGUGGUGGAAGACUUUGCGGUCGGGGUCAAGACUAUUCAAUGGAAGAACUCGGCUCGAGGUGGGAUGAUUUUGGUGACUGGAUGCAAGGAGAAUCCGCUGCGGGUGUGGGGUGUAGUGGAAGGUACAGGUCGCCGGUACGAGGUUCGAAGGUACUGGGGAGCAGGAGUCGAAUCGUUGGCGUUGUCGGGCACCCGUCUUGGACAGGAACAUGGACUUACUGAGGUCGAGUGCAAACUGCUACGGAGGAAAUGGUUGGUAUCAGGAAGCUUUGACAUGACGGCUCGGAUCUGGGAUGUUGAGACAGGGGAGCUCCGACUUAUCUGCAGCGGCCACACUAAUGGGAUCUCAAGUGUUGCUGUCUCACCUACUGAGAACCGUUUCGCGACUGGCAUUAAGGAUGGAACGAUGCGGCUCUAG